GUGGAGCAGCAAACAUCCUGGAUGCUGUUUUUACCAAGCAGUUCAGGAUUUGGUCCUGUUUGGACAUAAAAUAUCACCAUCACCCCAAAUUCGCUUUUUGGGUGUUGAGGUUUAGCCGCCUGGUUAAAUUAGCUAAGGCAGCUUCACAAAAACUCUUAAAAACCAAAAAGCUGUACAUUCGCCAACAGCUUCUAAUCCACUAGAAGACCCAGAUUCGUCCAUCGAGUAUUGCUGGCACAUUUGCAACCUAAGCAUGCUCUGAAAAUCCUCGAAUCAAUAUAGAAGAAAGCAAUUCGACAAUAGGUGAUCCAGACUUGACCAGAAACUUGGACAAUUUAGAGCACUGAUACUACCAAGGCAUAUGCUCUUCUGAGCCGUCCAACAUCCCACCUAGAGCACCUAUUGUAAGACCUAUUCGACAGGCAGACGUGGCUCAUGAACACCGAAUUCGUCUAUAGGCGUCCAGAACGUCACCUUUCUUUAGAAUCAUCAAUAUCCAAGAUGGAAACCACCCGAACUAGUCCAGUGUGAUGGGGUUUACCCUAUUGUGUUGCUUUUUACAUAAACAAAGACUAAAUUAUCAGAAAAAAACGAAAAAUUUCUGUCCAACUUAGAAAUAAUACAGAAACACACUUUGGCUUAGCAUUUUCGAGGUCUAGAAUCCAUUUAUCAGACUGGCUUCCAAGGCGACUUGUUUAAUUGGGUUUACGAAUAAAGAAAAGACGAUUUUUGGGGCUCAUCCGAAGAAGGGAAAAACCUGCACUAAGAAAAAAGUUAACUGUCUCUUGAUGUUAACCAGACCGAGCAAUGGAUCCAUUUUCUGGUUAGAUUAGGUUUAAUUUAACUUCAAUUUGAUUAGGUUUACACUAACCUGGGUUAAAUAUAAUUUUUUAUUAUAUAUUUUUAUAAUUAUAGAACUGUCGUUACCCACGUGUAAUCCAAAAAGUCUAACCAGAAAACAACCUUGACAAAUGGAUUCUUCGACCUCGAAAACACCAAAAUAAUGUGUUUCCAUUAUAAUUCUAAACCGGGCAGAGACGAAAGUAUUUUUCAAAUUCCUAGUUUCCAGUUCCCCUAGCAUCUAAUUGAUGCUAGUUACUUCAAAAUUAUUAAGUGCACUAUUAGUAAUUCAAUUGUAUGUUCUUCGUGUACCUACUACAUUUCUCAAAUAUAUGUUUUUUUCUAGAUGGACAUUUUUGAACUGGUAGCUCGGUUCGUUUUUAACAUCAAAUUUCAAAUAUUUUAUUUAACACGUGUACAGAAUACGUUUCAAUUCUAUGAACACGUGUAACAUUAGUAAUCACAGAAUGUAUUUGUGUCACUGAUAAUCAAUAUUCUUUUAGUUAAUUAUAAUCAGUAUACCUUCAGCUAUAACAUCGAUGAUUACAGUUUAAAUUAAUUUUAAUGUAAUAAUAUUUCUAAUAAUUCGAAAUUUUUAUCAUUUUCUUUCAAUAUUUUUAUUAAAAAAUUUAGAAUUCUUCAUUAUUUUAUGAAUACUUUGGUUAUUAAAAAUAAAGCGGUCACUUCUAUCACAUUGUAUUCGUUGAUAUAUAUACACCAAUCAUAAAACGCCGACUGGAGAUAAUCCAAAUAACCUCUUGAAUCUUACACCGGGAUUGAACCUUCCGUGUGUAUGAAGUUUGUAUGCGUGUAUUGGUGUCAGAGAAGUAGCAAUAGUUUCAUGUUUAUCAAAAAUGGUUCAAGUUGUUUCCAAAAAACCAACAUCAAAAAUAAAUAGUAAAACCGGAAUUAGUAGUCUAAUAAUUUUUCUAGUGCUUCUUUUAGCAUGGAUCGCAGGUUUUUCCUCACGCCUAUUUGCCGUCAUUAGAUUCGAAAGUAUUAUUCAUGAAUUCGAUCCUUGGUUUAAUUAUAGAGCGACGGCCUAUAUGGUAAAACAUGGAUUCUAUAAAUUUUUAAAUUGGUUUGAUGAAAGAGCAUGGUAUCCUUUGGGAAGGAUAGUUGGGGGUACUGUUUAUCCUGGAUUAAUGUUGACGUCUGGUAGUAUACACUAUAUACUACAUUUACUUCAUAUAAACGUGCAUAUCCGUGAUAUAUGUGUAUUUUUGGCACCUGUAUUCAGCGGUUUGACAUCAAUAUCAACUUAUUUCCUUACAAAGGAAUUAUGGUCAGCUGGGGCUGGAUUAUUUGCAGCUUGUUUUAUUGCCAUUGUGCCUGGUUAUAUAAGUCGUUCAGUAGCUGGUAGUUAUGACAAUGAAGGAAUAGCUAUUUUCGCCUUACAGUUUACUUAUUAUUUAUGGAUUAAAUCUGUGAAGACAGGCUCUGUAUUCUGGUCUGUAGCUGCAUCACUUUCAUACUUCUACAUGGUUUCAGCAUGGGGAGGCUAUGUAUUUAUAAUAAAUUUGAUACCCCUUCAUGUGUUCGUGUUAUUACUAAUGGGAAGAUUUUCAAACAGAUUAUUCACCAGCUAUACGACAUUUUAUAUACUGGGAUUAAUAUUUUCUAUGCAGAUUCCAUUUGUAGGUUUUCAACCUAUUCGUACAAGUGAACAUAUGGCAGCAGGAGGCGUUUUCGCGUUACUCUUUGCCUUGGGUGUGUUGAAAUAUCUACAAUCAAUGAUGUCAAAAUCAGAAUUCAAAUCGUUGAUGGUAUUUGGAGGACUCGCGUCUGCGGCUUUUGUGUUUUUAGGAGUUGUUGUUUUAACGUAUACAGGAUACGUUGCUCCAUGGAGUGGAAGAUUUUAUUCAUUGUGGGAUACAGGCUAUGCAAAAAUUCACAUCCCUAUAAUAGCUUCGGUAUCUGAACAUCAACCCACAACGUGGUUUUCCUUUUUUUUCGAUUUGCACAUACUAGUAGUUACAUUUCCAGCUGGGCUUUGGUACACAAUCAAAAAUAUAAAUGAUGAACGAGUAUUCGUUGUUUUAUAUGCAUUAAGUGCAGUAUAUUUCGCUGGAGUAAUGGUACGUUUGAUGUUAACUUUAACUCCGGUUGUAUGUAUAUUGAGCGGUAUAGCAUUUUCUGGAUUAUUGGAACUAUUUCUUAGAGAAGAUGAUAGUAGUAGAAACGACGAAAGUGGAGAAGAAGAACAAAGUUCUCCGAGCAAACGACUUUACGAUAAGGCAGGAAAGGUACCAAAAAUGAAACAUGAACAAUCUAAAGAAGUAGAUACCAUCGGACCAAAUUUGAGAAGUAUAGUAACAGUGGUAAUUUUGUUGUUAUUAAUGUUAUUUGCUGUCCAUUGUACUUGGGUAACCAGUAACGCUUAUUCAAGUCCUAGUAUCGUAUUAGCAUCAUACGGUAGCGAUGGAUCUCGACAGAUAUUGGACGAUUUUAGAGAAGCUUACUUUUGGUUAUCACAAAAUACUGCAGAUGAUGCGAGGGUUAUGAGUUGGUGGGAUUACGGAUACCAAAUAGCAGGAAUGGCUAACCGGACAACUUUAGUUGAUAAUAAUACUUGGAAUAAUAGUCACAUUGCUCUAGUUGGUAAAGCUAUGUCGUCAAACGAAUCUACAGCAUACGAAAUCAUGACUGCUUUAGAUGUCGACUAUGUUUUGGUUAUAUUCGGUGGGGUUAUAGGAUAUUCCGGAGAUGAUAUCAAUAAAUUCUUAUGGAUGGUUCGUAUAGCCGAGGGAGAACACCCCAAAGAUAUAAGGGAAAGUGAUUAUUUUACAGAACACGGUGAAUUCAGGAUUGAUUCUGAAGGUUCUCCUAUACUAUUAAAUUGUCUUAUGUACAAAUUGAGUUAUUAUCGUUUCGGUGAAUUGAAGUUAGAUUACAGAAAUCCUGCAGGAUUCGAUCGUACCAGAAAUGCCGUUAUCGGUAACAAAGAUUUUCAACUUACUUAUUUAGAAGAGGCUUAUACAAGUGAACAUUGGCUAGUGAGAGUUUAUAGGGUUAAAAAACCGGAUGAAUUUAACAGGCCUAGAAUACCGGUAGCAGGUAGAGUCGUUAAGACGAGUAAUUACGUGUCAAAGAAGAACACAAAAAGGAAGAAGGGUUCCAUAAAAAACAAACCGACCGUAGUGAAAGGAAAAAGAUUUUCAGUGAAACAAUAAGUGUCCAAAAAAUGCACUGAAACUGAUUUAUAUAAAUUAGUUUGUUAUUUUUUUUAUUAUUAUUUCGUUUGAAAAACCAGAAAUCUGCAAAAUAUUUUAAUUUGAAUUAUUUUAUUGUUUUUUUUCUUUAAAAACUGUUAAAACUCCAAAUGCAUUGAUACAUUUCUAAAUAUUGGUGAAAAUAUUGUAAAAAGUUGAUAAUACACCGACUGUUUUUGAA